CGCGAAGUUCCAUGGAUUAACGCACACCUGUUCGCAAACUAACUUCCAACAUACACUAUAUACUUGAAACUUCGGAAGUCUAGCGAAAUUGUAAUUAUCACUUACACCUUAAUAACGACAAUUAACCGUGCCGGAUUACUACAUCAAUUCUCUCACUGCAUAGCUACUCACCAUAUUAGCGUUUAGUGUGUAAAAAUUGCGAUUAUGGGUAAUAAAUCAGCUAUUGAAGAAGAAUUUGAGUUACGAUCAAUAUACCAACAGGAGGUGAAAAAGAAUUGCCAAAAAGAAAUUGAAGACUUUGUUCAAUGCGCUACUGGUCGAACUAUCAGCGUGCUUUGGAAAUGUCGCGAACAAAGUCAUAUAAUGAAGGGUUGUCUUCAGAAAACAAUAGAUCAAACAUCCGAGUGGAGAUUACGCAGCCAACAAGAAGGAGAGAAACAGAAAGCUUAUAAAGAAGAAAUUACAAAAGAUUAAAUAUUUAUCUACAGUAAUCAAUUCCGCUAAAGAAUCCUUACAUUUUACCGAGGAAAUCUCAUUGUUUACGAAGCAGCUAGAGCUUCCCCUGUUUACAACUUUGUAAAAGCUUUCACUACAUAAAUACUACAUUCUAAACACAUAUUGAGUCUUCAAAAUAUUAUUAUUUUAGCAUUGUACUAAUAAAGCUGGCAAUGGCCAACUAAAACUAUGACUAUUGAAAUUCGUUCAAGG